AUGCCCGCUGCCGAAGCGAAUCACGCCUCCAAAAAGCGCAAACCCUCCACCUCCAUCGCUAACCCUGCCGCCUCCAAGAAACCUCGGCACCCUCCGAGCGACAGCUUGCCCCCCGGACCAGCGCACGACUCUCCGCUCUGCGCGCCGCACGCGCCCAUCCUGCAUGAACUCGGCGCAAAGUACGACGUGCUGCCCGCGUCCGUCAUUUCCUCGACGCCGAUCCGCAAGCGCUUGGUGCACAUUACGACGCAUCUGCUGGGAGGAGCAGGUGGUGGUGGUGGCGAUGGGAGAAAGAAGCCCCGCGUGGUGCUGCUACACGCGCGCGCGACAGAGGUCUGCAAGAUGAUUUCGGUGGCGGAAAAAUGCAAGAGGCUGUUGGAGGAGCAGGGAGAGGCGACGUGGUACCAGUAUAAUCAGCUGUUUGACGUGUCGCGGGCGGACGCGGAGCGGGCAACGAGGAAAAGAGAGAAGAGGAAGAAGAAGGAGCAAGUGGUGGAGGAGACGGUGCUGCAUGUGAAGGAAGGGGAGAAGGAAGAGGAGGAGAAGGAGGAGGAGGAGGAGGAGGAGGAAGAGGAUGGGGACGAAAGUGAUGCGUUCGAGACGAUGCAGUCGAGGUUCGAAAAGGCGGUGCUACCGCCCGCGCCAGACAGGACGACCAAGUCGUUGCGCAUAUUCUUGUCGACAGCGGCCAUUCCGGAACUGAAAGCGAAAGAUGGUGUGACCGUGCAGACGAGUGGAAAGUGA